AUGUCGCAUAAUUUCUCUCCUUUGAAUUCUCCGAGAUCUAAAACUACGAGAACGACUACUUAGUUUAAUUCAGAAUAUCAAUAGGCUAUAUUUUAUAUAAGAUAUAACAUAAAAACUAUACUAAGGUUAGUUAGUAAUGAUUUAAAUAACGAAGAUUGCAUGAUAAGUUCUAAAGAUCUUAGUAUUUUAUAAAUAAUUUUAAGACCAGAAAUACAAAAAGGAAAAAAUAAUAAUAAUAAAAUUAAUCUGUCUUAAUAUUCAUAACUUUUUAAUAAUCCAUAAUAAAAAAUAAGCGCAAAAGUACUUUCUGAAUAUUUAACAAAUACAUUAUCUAUGAAUGAAACAUAAGAUAAUAUUGUGUAUAUUUAAGGAUUAACUAAAAGUGUAAUGUGUAAAGAUGAAAAAUCAUGUGAAAAUUAAGAUUUAAGAAUUGUUAAUUGUGAAGAUUCUUAUUUAUAUAUAGAUUCCUAUGUUUAUAAUUUAUCUAUAUCAAAUUGUAUAAAUAUGAAUAUUUUUGUAUCGGCAGUUUAAAAAAUAUGCACUAUUGAUAAAUGCGAAAAUGUCAAUAUUGUUGUAGCGUCUAGUUUUAUUAGAAUAGGUAAUACUAUAGAUUCCACUAUACAUUAUUAUGGAAGCUUCAACCCUGUUUUAUAUGGGGAUAAUAGAUCUAUUAAUCUAGCACCCCAUAAUGGUAAUUAUAUAGAACUUUUAGAAAAGGUAAAAUUAGCUAAAAUACCAGUUUGUUAUAAAAAUUGUUAAAUGUUUUAAAGUCCUUUUGUUAUGAAUUAAAAUUAGUGUUUAGGAUAUUAGAUUAUGAGUUUAAAAGACUUUUUCUGUAUUAAUUUACCAUUGUAGUUUAGGGUAAUUCCUUAUUAGUAUUUAGUGAGUUUUGAGAAUGUUUUAAAUUUGGAGAAACAAAUUUAAGAAUUAAAAAAUAAUUAUUAAAAUAAUAAUAAUAAUAAAGUUGUUUUACCUAUAUUGGCUCCUAAUGAAUAUAGAGAACAUAUAAUUUAAAGGUUUUAAAAAUACUAGGAAUUAUAAAAUAAUAUUAUUAAUUGUGGAUUAAAUGAAAACUAAUAGAAAUUAUUAUAAGAUGCUAUAUAGGGAUAUUUUAGAGAAUGGAUGGUCUAAACUGGAUAAAUUAAACCAAUUUCAGAUUUAGUUAAAAUGAUUAAUUAAGAUUGA